GAGGACGACGGACCGAGGAACCCGGCCAGCGCCCUUUGACCGACACAGGAAAAAAACCUCCAACAUGGGUAUUAUCGUAAAUACCCACACCCCUGCUGCGAGUAAUAUAAUUAUUUAAUGGCAUUCGGCUUUGUCGUUACUCUCUCGUGUGUUCCCUGUUUGAUACGGUUCUCUCCUUGUAUAAAAGGCCUCGCCUCGCUCUCUCUCUCUCCCUUAUCUUUCCAGAGAGAGAAACAAAGGACUUGUAUUCACAGAGAUUUCGAUAGAUACAUGUGUGUGUGUGUUUUUGGAGAGAGAGAGAGAGAGAGGAGGAUGAGAACGAGGCAGGGGAUUUGCUACCCGAAAGUGGACAUGUGUGGGGACAGAAGAGUAAAGAGAAGAGGAGAAUUUUCCGGUGAACGAAAUUGUAGCCGGAAACGUUUGAAGACGUCGCCGGAGACUGCCGGAAAGCGUGAUUUGUUCGACGGAUUGCCUGAUGAUAUCGUAAUAUCUAUACUCUGCAAACUCAGCUCCACCGCCGGUUGUCCCUCCGAUUUCAUCAACGUUUUGAUAACAUGCAAGAGAUUAAAUGCGUUGGGUCUUCAAUCGAUGGUUCUGUCGAAAGCGUCAACGAAAGUGCUCGCCGUCAAAGCAACGAGUUGGUCCGAGUCCGCUCACCGGUUCCUGAAACAGUGUGCCGAUUCCGGAAACGUUGAAGCCUCCUACACUCUGGGCAUGAUUCGUUUCUACUGCUUGCAAAACAGAGGAACCGGAGCUUCACUAAUGGCCAAAGCCGCGAUUAACUCUCACGCGCAGGCUCUCUACUCUCUAGCCGUGAUUCAGUUCAACGGCAGCGGCGGCUCGAAGAACGACAAGGACCUCCGGGCCGGUGUGGCCCUAUGCGCUCGAGCCGCUUUCCUAGGACACAUCGACGCCCUCCGCGAGCUGGGCCACUGCUUUCAAGACGGCUACGGCGUGCCCCGGAACGUGGCCGAGGGGCGCCGGUUUCUAGUCCAAGCCAACGCCCGCGAGCUAGCUGCCGUCCUCUCCGUUUCCAACUCGGCUCUCAACUCCGGCUCGUGGCUCGCUUGGAAGGUGCCCCAACUUGGGUCGAUUUCUGGCUGCGCCACUAGCUGCCCGUUACUCAGCGAUUUCGGCUGCAACGUUCCGGCACCCGAACCGCACCCGGCAAGUCAGUUUCUUACGGAGUGGUUCGCAGCUCGGGGCGGGGUACCGGGUCCAGGUCUCCGAUUGUGUUCACAUGUCGGGUGCGGCCGACCCGAGACGAGGAGGCACGAGUUUCGGCGGUGUUCUGUUUGUGGGGUGGUGAAUUACUGCUCUCGAGCGUGCCAGGCGCUCGAUUGGAAGAUGCGACAUAAGGCGGAGUGCGCACCCUUGGAACGGUGGCUUGACGGAAAUGGCGACGAGGAUGGUAACGGUAACGCUGAUGGUAACGAGAAUGGGGAUGUGGAUGCCAAUGGGGAUUAUGAUGGUAUGGUUGUGAGUUAAUUUUGACGCGGUUGAUCACAAUAGGGACUGCGAAUGUGACGAUGGUGUCGGUUGCGGCGAUGUUAACGGGACUGUGAAUGCGAGGACGGUAAUGAUAGGCAUCGGUAGCGGUGAUGUUAACGGAGAUGGGGACGUGAAUGCGAGGACGGUGACGGUAGGCAUCGGUAGCGGUAUGUUAACAGAGAUGGGGAUGACAAUGGGGUUACGAUUCGUACGAAUCGAUAGUUAAUUUUGACGGCGGUGUAUUAAGAUGGGACGGUGAAUGUGACGGUAACGGCACUUGAGUCUUUGAAGAUGGUAAGAGAACAAAAUUUGUAGCCAUUUUUGGUGCAAAAUUCAGCUUGUAGGGGUGGGG